GGUGAAGCGCUUGUUUAUUGACGAGCAAAUGCCUUUUUUGUACGAACAAAUGGCCAAGAGGUGAAGUUUGACUUUCAGGAAAAAAGUAAAACCUUCCUAAAAUGGACAGCGAGAGGACGAGGGCUGCUCGCACGAUGCCAACUCGCCACGAGAAAAGUUUGGGGCUCCUUACAAUGAAGUUUGUCGCUCUGCUCAAAGAGACCCGCGAUGGCGUCUUCGAUUUAAGAAAGGCCGCUGAGAUCUUAGCAGUGAAGCAGAAAAGGCGCGUGUACGACAUCACCAACGUGCUGGAAGGCGUGGGCUUGAUUGAGAAGAUAACCCAAAAUAUCAUCCAGUGGAGGGGUGAGACCAAGGGAAGUCAGAACCAGGAGGAGCUCGAGCAGGUUAGGCAUCUCCAAGCCCAAAUCUCUGAGCUGGAUGCCCAAGAGAAAGAGCUGGACAAGCAGAAGACGUGGCUGCUGGAGAACAACGUACGCCUAAACCGCAGCCCUGACACAAACAACUAUUAUUUUGUGACGCAUGAGGACAUCUGCAAUUCCUUCAGGGGCGACACUAUUCUCCUCAUCAUGGCUCCGUCUGGGACGCAGCUGGAGGUGACUCUGCUGGAGAAGACUGGUCGUGAGAAUUACCAGGUGAGCCUGCGCAGCAAGGUAGCUCCAAUCAAGGUCACGCUCAUUAACCGGGAGUCAGACUGCAGCACGCCCGUCGUCUUCUCCUUGCCCCCCGACGACAUGACCACCCCCAAUCUCACGCCGCCGCUGUGCACGCUCUCUGCCAGCCCGCACUGUCCUCCCUUCUCCACGGUCGCCCCCACCUCUUGUUCGAGCAACACCGCCUCCUCAUUCUGCAGCCAGGAUUCGCUCAGCUCACACCAGCAGGUGGCGCUGCUUGAACACAAUGGCAUUCCGAGGCUAACGUCCACUCGUGCGCUCAUGGGGUGUCUCGAUCAGGCGGUGACCGCUUUGGAGAUGGACCUGUCUGGACCAGAGUUCCACUCAUUUCUGGAUGUGAGCAGCUUGUUGAGGCACAAUGGCAUCGCGGAACACAUGAAGGAAGACAGACAUGAAGAUGUUCACUUAAUUAAUGAACUGAUCUCUACUGAUGAAGAUGUUGACUUAAUUGAUGAACUCAUCUCUUCUGGCAUGGACUACAGUUUCACAUUGGAUGACACCGGCGGUGUGUCUGACCUAUUUGAUAUGCAGGUCCUCAACUACUAACGGAUGAAACUCAAGGAGGUCUGGUCUUCUCUUCUCUUCUCUAUACAUCCUUUGAAUCGUUUUGAACUUUCGGGAAGUUAUUUAUGACGUUAGUGUCCCUCCAUUAACUCGUUGACGGUUUACAGAGUAAAAAUGCCUGCGAUAUUCUGAACAAAAUUUUGAAUAUUUUCAGGAAUCCAAAAAAUGUCGCUAGUCUCUUGAAUGUGUUUGUUUUGUUGGAAUCCUAAAUUAUUGCGACAUUGUCGUUUCAGGCCUCUGUGUUUUAGUUUCUUUAUGUAUUUGUUUGAUAUGAUUAAUCAUUUUAGUCUUAUUUAAGAGUUUUUUUUGCUGGAUCUUGAUUCAGCCGUAUUUGUUAUUUAAUUGGCCACGUUUAUGAUCGCAAGUUCCUGUUGACUUAUUGUUUGCAAGAAUUCUUUAUUUGCAUAUUUUUAGCAAUCCGAAAAAUGUCGCUAGUCUCAUGGAUGUGUUUAUGUUGUGUUGAAAGUGCCAGGAAUCCUAAAUGAUUGCGACAUUGCCGUUUCAGGCCUCGGUGUUUUGGUUUUUCUUUAUGUAUUUGUUUUUAUACGGUACAGAUAAUGGAUGGAUGAAUGGAUGGUUAAUAAUUUUAUCCAGUUUUUUUUUUCAGCUGUAUUUGUUAUUUAAUUGGUCACAUUUAUGAUCGCAAGUUCCCGUUGACUUAUUGUUUCGAAGAAUUCUUUAUUUGCACAUUUUUGGAAACAUUUUCCAAUAAAUAGUUGAAAUCUCAAUUUAUUCACCUUCCCAUUUGAGGAUAUGUGAAUGUUGCGCUUUAUAUUAUGUUGACGAAAUUCCAACAUAAAGGUAUAAAAAGACUUGGGUUUUUUAGAAGUGGAGUAAGUUUUAGAACAUGUGUGUUCAUUUUUUAAAGGAGAUUUUUAGCUUUAAAGUUACUUUAGUAUUAGAUCAAUUAUCUUUACACGGAGGAAAAAAAACAUUCUUGUUGACAAAAGUAACGCGUAUCAUAUUAACCUUUUCUUGCUUGGCUAUCGUCACUCCUUUCAUUUUCCAACAUGACAGGAAAAAACAAGUGCUUGUUCCAGAUGUUUAAUCAGCAGUGCAUUGCAUGAGAAUAUUUAGCUCGAUAGGGUGUUUACACACUUUAUGAAUAUAUCCACUUCUUCUCCCCACCACGACAACACAACAGACAGACAGUCUUUAAAAAGCUAGCUUUAGAGAGCAGAGAGAAACAACAAACAGAGCUUCUGUAAGUUGUCAAAGUCAAGCUUGGCACGCUAGGCGUGGGCGACUUCCAUCUUUCUGACCUGGUUUCGCGCCGGCUAAAGAAACAAAACAAGAACAUUUCAAUUAUAAAUCAAGUUUAAGAAAAACUGGUGUCAAAACAAUUGCAGUAUUAGCGCCUAGAUAAGAAAAUAAUUGCACCCGCAAAUUGAAAGUAUUUCAAAUCAAAACGUCAUAGAAAAUUUUCCUUUACUCUUGUAAGAUUUUCACUAUUUUCUUGUGAUAAUGCUCCCCCACAAAAGUUUUUCUUUCAAAACUAUAUUUUCUUCUAAAAAAAAUCUUGAAAUUAUAACUUUAGGAUUCCGAUUUUAAUCUCAAUUGUGUUUUCUUUGUGCAAGAAUAUUGUUUUACCUUUAUUAAAAGUGAGCAUGCUCCUGGUCUUCCAUAGCAGUAUGAUCUUCUUGGUUUAACUCUUCCCUUUAAUUUAAAAAAAAAAAAAAAACAAUAACUUUAGGACUCUGAUUUUAAUUUGAGUUGUGUUUUUUUUGUACUCAUACUCAUUGGUACAAGACAGCUUCAAGAAUAUUUUUGUACUCUUACUAGAAGUGUGAAUGCUCCUGGAAAACGGUAUGGUCGUCUUAUUCUUGGUGUAGCUCU